CAGAAAUUGUGAUUAAAUCACCAACAUCGGUAAAAUUCUUUUAAGUUAUUAUUUUGAUUGUCAUACUAAUGUUUUGUUAAUUUGUUAACAGUUAUAAUUUUUUCAGUUAUUUAUGACUGGUAUGUUAACUUUAUUUUAUAUUUAAAUGAUUUUCAUUUCCAUUACAGUUUUAAUAGAUAGAAAUAUUCUGUAAUGUAUUGAAUAUUAAAAAUACAAGGAAUCAAGACGUUUUUAAUUACAUUCUAAAAAAAUGGCUCAAACUCGGCGUGUGCCUAUUUUUGGUUCACGGCCACCUUGUGCGUAUCAAUCUCGCCUUGAUGAACGUAGUGUUCAAUUACGAAUGGCUAGAAUGGAACGAUCUAGAAAAUCGGAUAAACCUGAAGAUUUUGUCUGCUAUGAGGACUCUGAAGAAGAAGAAGAGAGUACUAUGUCAUUAUGUACCAUGUUAAACUCUUCUUAUAAUUUUGUUGACUAUAUAAGAAAUAGAGAAUAUGGUAUGAAAGAAUAUAGGACUGUUAAUCAAAAUCAUGGUACAAGACAUAUCCUUACACAUGAUUUAUUCAAAGAACGGUCUAUCCCUCUAAAAACCAUGAAUAAAGUAUUCUGUUCACAAUGGCUCAGUAGUAAACAAAUAGUUUUUGGGACCAAGUGCAAUAAACUAAUGGUAUACAAUGUCAAAUCACAUGAACUUGAUCAAAUACCAUCUAUUAAAGGAAGAGUUGAUGAAGCUGUUGAUCAACAAAGUGGCAUUCAUUCAUUAAAAAUUAAUCCAUCUAGAACAUUACUUGCAACAGGCGCUUACAAUUCAAAUGAAAUUGCUGUUUACAGGUUACCCACUUUAGAUCCUAUUGUAUUAGCCGAGGGUGCUCAUAAAGAUUGGAUUUUUGAUAUUGAGUGGAUAGAUGAUGAGUUUUUUGUUAGUGGAUCACGUGAUACUAAAUUAGCCUUAUGGCAAGUUCAGGAUAGGUAUGAAGAACAAUAUGAUGCUGAUGGUGAUCUCAUACAACCAGUAACACAAUUUCUCAACCCUACAGUAAUCAGAAGUUGUAAAACUGCACAAAAAGUCCGUGCUAUUACAUUUAAUAAAAAUUUAAAAGAAAUGGUCACCUUAUCUCUAAAUGGUUAUGUUCAUAUUUGGGAUGUUGAAAGGUUUAGACAGAAAUUUUCAAGAAGAUUAUCAUCUUGUCAAGAUAAUGUUUGUAUGGCCAUGAAAAUUGAUAGUAGCUUAUAUGCAGUUGGUUGUCGAUCAUACACUUUAUUACUAGAUUCAAGAACACUUCAUACUAUAAAAAAAAUUCCUGCCAGAUAUAGUGGCUGUGGUAUUAGAUCUUUAAGUUUUCAAGAUAAUGUAAUAACAAUUGGCACUGGUGUUGGAGUUAUAAUGUUUUAUGAUAUACGAGCAGGAAAGUAUUUAGAAUCCAGUAUCAAUUCAAGUAGAGCUGUAGUAUUAAAAACAAGUAGAGGUUAUGUGUACCCAGAUGAAGAUUUUAUGAUGGACCAAGGAUUUCAACAAGUUAAAUAUACUCCAGCGAUAUAUACACAUUGUUAUGAUUACUCCGGCACAAGACUAUUUUCAGCAGGUGGACCAUUGCCUGCUAAUCUUUGUGGCAACUAUGCUGGAUUGUGGCAAUAAACUCAUUAUUGAUUACUAUCAAUAAUAUUAUACUUCUGUCAAUUAAAACUACAGUUAUAUGAUUAGUUUAUCAUGUUCUUAUUAAAGUGAAAUGUAGUAAAAUAAUUUUUCAGAAUAUAUGUUUAGUGCAUUAUAACACUUGUUAUUUUUGUCCUGUUGAAACAUUUGUAAUGAUACGAUUUCUUGAUGUUAAGAUUUUUUAUGUAUGAGACAACAGUUAAUGAAUGAGAAAUCUAUGAAAUUAUGUCACCUAAUUUUAAUAUCGUACAAUUUUAGAUCAUAUAAUUUAUUGUAAACCUUUUUCAAAUCACUUUUUUUUGUGUACUUCAUUUUUGAAAUGUUUGUAAAAAAAUUAUUAUAUAGUGUGUAUAAAUAUUUAUAUCAAUAAU